AUGAAAUUCCUUUGCCUCCAUGGAGCUGGCACCAAUGCACAGGUGUUUCAAGAUCAGCUUGAGGGCCUCAUUUUGAGUUUGCCGCCGGGGAAUGACAUCAAAUUUCAUUUUGUCCAAGCGCCUCAUGAACUCACGUCUCUUCCCUUCGAUUUCGAGGCCUACGCAGGAUCGGGACCGCAUAUGCGGUUCAUAGAGCACCCUCAAUGGAUCACUAUGGACGAUGUUAUUGAGCGUAUCGCCAAGGCACCAUCGGGUGAAAGUGCAGAAAUGAUAUGGCGCCAUGCACUUGAUUUCUAUUACAGCAAUGAUACACCUGGAAGGUCCGAGUUCAUUGGCAGCAUUGGCAGAUCACUUGCGCUUCUAAACUCUAAAAUUGAUGAGGAAGGUCCCUUUGAUGGGUUGAUUGGAUACUGCGAAGGUGCUUCUUUUGGUGCAACUCUCAUCCUCGAUCGUUUGCGCAAAGAAUCCAGCCUUCACGCACCCCAAAGCUUCAAGUGCGCUCUCUUCUUCAGUGGAUAUGCGCCAUUUGCCCCUGAUGGGUCGAAGGUCAUCCUGGCAGAUGAGUAUGGCCAAAUCUUCAACUUUCCCACAUGCCAUGUCAUAGGGUCAGAUGACGCUCUCAUUGAUGGGGCCAUGGCGUUAUUGAACCUUUGUGAUUCGGGGCAGGCUACGGUGAUUGAAGGUGGCUCAGGCCAUCUUAUGCCGCAAGACUCAAGUGCUUUGCGCGCUGUCAGUGCAUCCUUUCUCAAAUUGGUCGAGCUUGCGCAACAAGCUUGAUAUGAUGGAGUCUUCAACACGCCACCUCGAGUAUCCUUUGAGAUAGAGAUGCAGCGCAACCAUUGCUAGAUUAGCUCCACGGUAUUCAACAUACAUGCAGAAAUGAAGUGUUCUUCUCUUUCCG